AUGAAAAACAUGAAACACCUCAAUGAAAAAAAUAUCGCAGUAACGUAUCGCAAUGGAUAUUCUGAUGCGUACGGGUAUUUUAGCAACAAAGACAAGUCUUUUGAAUUGUCGUUGUAUUCUCCUUCACUGGGUGUGAUUGUCGAUUGGUCUUGUAACAAAGAUUGGAUGUUAUUUCAAGUAAACUAUAUAAUAUUUUAUAUAAUGAGUUUAAGAAGUUCGAAUAAUUAUUUUUAUCUUUUGUGUCUCUAAACAACUAUUCUACCAAAAAAAAAAAUACAAGAGAGCUUUUCGUUGAAAUGUGGACCUUAUUGGUGCGUAAAGAAGGUUAUUUUUAAUUUUCAUUAAAGUUUUUCUAAUAAUUGAGAAGUAACGUAGGAAAAACGGAGAAAUUAUGGAAAUAACGGUAUCAUUAUUUUUUAUUUUGUUUUUUGUUGUUAUUCAGUUAAAAAAAAUCUAAAAAACUAGAAAUGUUCACAAAAUAUUAAUAAUGGCCUUUUCCCAAAUUAUCAACACGUUCUCUUUCCGGAUUUUCUCAAUUAUCGUGAGAGUUGUUUAUUGUAAAAUAAACUAAUAAAUAAAAUUACUAGUAAAUAUACUGGAUCAAAAGUGCUAUAAAAAGCUCUCUUGUUAUGUUUUGAUAGGAGCAAGAUUAUUAGAAAUUUGUUUACAGAUAAAAAAUAAAGCACACAUCAUAGUAAAACAAACACAUUCUAUGCUGAAUUUUUUUUCCAAGUUUACGGAAAGUUGGUUAUGGAAUGCGAGUUACCAUUGGCUCAUGAUGAUGGAAACAAGUUCGAAUAAAACCAUUCAAAGUUUUUUGGCAUCAAAAAAUAUCAACCUAACAAUAGACAGUGAAGUCUUAUUAGCGUAUCCCGAUGAAACAGACAAGAAUAUGUUUAGUAAAAGAUGGCACAUUUUUGACGUCUAUCGAACGGCUUUUAAACCUAGGGGGAAACUUGUUAUCGACGUUUUAAAUGAAACUUUCGGACAAUGGGGAAAUCGGUUAUGGAAAUUCGAUGAAAGAUUGAAUUUACAAAAUUUGACCGUGAAUGUUGCCGCUUUAGUACGAAUAUGAUUUGAAUAUUUGAAUACUAUACCCACCUAAUUUUUACAGAUGAAUCAAUUAAUCAUUGUUUUUUUAUUUUAGAUUAACCCCGUAGGUAGGCCCGCAACCAAAAACACUGAAGUCAAUGUUACUGCACCGUCCAGUACAGAAAUAGUGAAAUAUUUACAAACAUUCGAUUUGGAUCGGUCAAACGCUCUAGAAAAAUUUGCCUUUGCCAUAAUGUACCCAUUGACGAAAAAUAUAUUAAACAUGACGUAA